GCGCUGAGGGCGCGUUCCGUCAAGAUGGCGCUCGUGGAGCACGUUGUGGCGGAUGCCGGAGCUUUUCUGCGAGACGCGGCUCUGCAGGACAUCGGGAAGAACAUCUAUACAAUCCGGGAUGUGGUGAACGAGAUUCGGGAUAAGGCCACGCGCAGGCGGCUCGCCGUCCUGCCCUACGAGCUGCGUUUCAAGGAGCCCUUCCCGGAGUACGUGAGGCUGGUGACUGAGUUUUCAAAGAAAACUGGCGACUAUCCCAGCCUCUCUGCCACAGAUAUUCAAGUGCUGGCACUCACCUAUCAGUUAGAAGCAGAGUUUGUUGGGGUGUCUCACCUAAAACAAGAACCAGAAAAGGUUAAAGUGAGCUUAUCAAGUCAGCACCCAGAAACUCCUCUCCACAUUUCUGGUUUCCAUCUCCCCUCAAAGCCUCAGUCUAAACCCCCACAAGAAAUAGUACAACAUGGACAGCCUGCUGGUGAGCCUGAGAACUUAGAAUUCACUUCCUUCAUGUUCUGGAGAAACCCUUUGCCUAAUAUUGAUCAUGAACUGCAGGAGCUGCUGAUGGACAGAGAUGAUGAUGUUCCAAGUGAGGAGGAUGAGGAAGGAGAGAACGGAUUUGAAGAAAGGAAAGACAAGGAUAGCGACGAUGACGGGGGCGGUUGGAUAACUCCCAGCAACAUCAAGCAGAUACAGCGGGAGUCAGAGCAGUGCACUGUCCCAAAGGAUGUGCGGGUUGGCUGUGUGACUACAGACUUUGCCAUGCAGAACGUCCUGCUUCAGAUGGGGCUGCAUGUUCUGGCCGUGAACGGCAUGCUGGUCCGAGAGGCCCGGAGCUACAUCCUGCGCUGCCACGGCUGUUUCAGGACCACAUCUGACAUGAGCCGAGUAUUCUGUUCGCAUUGUGGAAACAAGACCCUGAAGAAAGUGUCCGUGACCGUUAGCGACGACGGAAGCCUGCACAUGCACUUCUCACGCAACCCGAAGGUGCUGAACCCUCGGGGCCUCCGGUAUUCGCUUCCCACUCCCAAAGGGGGCAAAUACGCCAUCAACCCCCAUCUGACCGAGGACCAGCGCUUCCCUCAGCUGAGACUGUCCCGAAAGGCCAGGCAGAAAACGGACGUGUUUGCCCCUGACUACACAGCUGGGGUAUCUCCUUUUGCAGAGAAUGACAUCUCCAGCCGGUCGGCUACACUGCGGAUCCGAGACAACACCUUGGGAGCAGGGAGGAGGCGGUUAAAUCCCAAUGCUUCCAGAAAGAAGUUUGUGAAGAAGAGGUGAAGUGCAGGCUCCGCGGGCCGGCGGGAUUGCCGCUGCGGCUGC